AUGGCCGACAUUCUGGCGCCUCGCCUGCGACUGGCCGCUACCAUGAUCCAUGAUACUCGAACCAAGCCAGGCCAGGCCCCCUCCAGUUCUAGCUCCGAAUUCCAAACGCCAGCCGGCCAGCUUUCGGCCACCACCUUCUCCACUGCUGAUGGCCUGCUAUUGAUGCUAUUCUUUGCUCUUCGUGGUGUUCUGCGAGGCGAGGCGGUAGCAUCAUGUAUGAUGCUCGACGGCUUCAACGUCCACGUUAACCAACAACACAAUGCCGCUGAAGAACGCACGGCUUUCCUCCGUCAUCCGGCAGAUACAGUGUUGACCAAGCAGGCUAAGCCGGUUUGUUUCCGCGCAGCACAAGAUUGA